AUAUCUGUUAACUCCCUCACUCUGCUCAUCAUCUUCUUUCUUUAUCUUUUUUUUUUUAUGAAUCCAAUCUUCUCUUCUCAUUAUUGCCUCUUCUAGCAAAACCGCCCAUCAGAGCCAUAGGAGUAUUUCUUACACCACUAUUCUACCUAAUUCCAUGCAUCAACUUACUCCUUCGGUUAUGAUUGAGAUCAUUUCUUAAUCUAAUUGAUUCUCGAAGCCAACCAGCUUGCUGAAUCUCAAACAUGACAUUUAUAUGUGGAGUGCUAGAGAAAAAAAAAUUGUGUUGCAGCCUGCUGUCAGAUUUUGGAGCACAACAAAGACUACUAAGCAAAAUUAACGAAGUUGUUGAUCAGUCGAGGCUCUCUUUGCACGAGACUUCGUGAUUUUAACCUGCUUUAGUUAUUCCUACCUCAACCGGUCAAAUUCAUACAAUAUAUACCUCACGACUCUACCUUUGGUUUGUUUAUGACCCCCAUACAUUUAUAUAUUCUCAUCACAUCUUUCUUGCCUCCAGCUGCAUCCUAAUUUGCCUUGGUUCGAUCCUCUCUGCAUUUGAUCUCUCUCUCUUGAUCAAUACAAGCUAUAAUAAUAUCUAAAGGAUGGCGAGGAACCCAUCAACGAAUAAAGUAAUAAUGGAGAUAGAGGCAAGCAUACCAUCAGGGAUUGUAGAGGGAAUAGCGGUGGAUGGAACUGUGGUAGGAGGUUUGAGUCCUCUGAGCGAGACCCUUUGGAGAGACAGAACGAGCACAGAAUUCGUAGGAGAUGUGUCGGCAAGGCUUACAUCGAAGGAUCUGACUGUGAUGGUUACCCUCGGUAGUGGAGAAACACAAAAUGUUUUGGAGGGACUUACAGGCUAUGCUGAGCCUGGAACUCUCACUGCACUUAUGGGUCCUUCUGGCUCUGGCAAAUCCACUCUCCUUGAUGCUCUCUCCAGUCGCCUUGCUGCUAAUGCCUUCCUCUCUGGAACGGUCCUCCUCAAUGGUCGCAAAACCAAGCUUUCUUUUGGGACUGCUGCGUAUGUGACACAAGAUGACAACUUGCUCGGUACUUUGACGGUGAGGGAAACAAUCUCCUUUUCAGCUCGGCUACGUCUUCCUGAUAAGAUGCCUUGGUCCGAGAAGCGUGCCUUGGUUGAGAGUACCAUAUUAGAGAUGGGUCUCCAAGAUUGUGCCGAUACUGUUAUUGGGAAUUGGCAUUUGCGUGGGAUCAGUGGGGGAGAGAAGAGAAGGGUCAGCAUUGCUCUUGAAAUCCUGAUGAGGCCCAGACUGCUCUUUCUUGAUGAACCAACUAGUGGACUUGACAGUGCUUCAGCUUUCUUUGUAACUCAGACCCUUCGCGGCUUAUCUAGAGAUGGAAGAACUAUCAUUGCUUCAAUACACCAGCCUAGCAGCGAAGUUUUUGAGCUUUUUGAUAGAUUGUACUUGCUUUCAGGAGGCAAAACUGUUUACUUCGGUCAGGCUGCAGAAGCAUACGAGUUCUUUGCACAAGCUGGCUUUCCCUGCCCUGCUUUGAGAAACCCUUCUGAUCAUUUCCUUAGGUGCAUCAAUUCUGACUUCGACAAAGUGAAGGCUACUCUGAAAGGGUCCAUGAAACUGCGGUUUGAGGCAAGUGAUGAUCCUAUAGAGAAGAUAACCACGGCUGAAGCUAUCAGAUCUCUGAUUGGUUACUAUCGUACUUCUCAGUACUGCUAUGCAGCAAGAGAAAAGGUUGAGGAGAUAUCCAAAGUUAAAGGAGAUGUGCUCGAAUCAGGAGGAAGCCGGGCUAGUUUUUUGAUGCAGGCCUUUACUCUGACAAAGCGUUCUAUCAUUAACAUGUCAAGGGAUUUUGGGUAUUACUGGCUUCGACUGGUGAUUUAUAUUGUGGUCACUGUCUGCAUUGGAACUAUCUAUCUCAACGUGGGGACGGGUUACAAUUCUAUACUGGCAAGAGGGUCAUGUGCCUCGUUUGUCUUUGGUUUUGUCACGUUCAUGUCAAUUGGUGGGUUUCCUUCCUUUGUAGAAGAGAUGAAGGUCUUCCAGAGAGAGAGGCUAAAUGGGCACUAUGGCGUGAUCGCAUUUGUGAUUAGCAACACCAUUUCUGCAAUGCCGUUCCUCAUAAUGAUAACUUUUAUCUCUGGAACUGUUUGUUAUUUCAUGGUUCGCCUUCAUCCAGGAUUUGAACAUUAUCUUUUCUUCGUGCUGUGCCUUUUUGCGAGUGUCACCGUAGUUGAAAGCUUGAUGAUGGCCAUAGCCAGCAUUGUCCCCAAUUUCCUAAUGGGCAUUAUCAUUGGGGCAGGAAUUCAGGGAAUAUUCAUGCUAGUAUCUGGAUACUUUAGGCUCCCAAAUGACAUACCAAAGCCUGUGUGGAGAUACCCAAUGUCAUACAUUAGCUUCCACUUCUGGGCUCUACAGGGACAAUACCAAAAUGAUCUGAAAGGAUUGCUGUUCGACAACCAAUCACCUGAUCUUCCCAAGAUACCUGGUGAGUACAUACUGGAAAACAUAUUCCAGAUUGAUGUGCACCGGUCAAAAUGGGUAGAUCUCAGUGUCAUUUUCAGUAUGAUUGUCAUCUACCGCGUCAUCUUCUUUAUCAUGAUCAAGAUCAGCGAGGAUGUUACCCCUUGGAUCAGAGGUUACAUAGCAAGGAGAAGACCAUCU